AUGGCCCCAUCGCCUCAAAAAGUCAAUGUCGACGACCGCAUCUACUUCGCUGGGUUUGGUGUCGACCCAUAUGUCUACGCUGUCGAAAAGGCUCCCGGAGCACUUUCACAGACCAUCACUUUUGAGGUGAAUGACAUGGACACAGAAGCCCUCGGCCAUGAGUGGCUGCUGAAAAAGGGGUACACCAACUGUUGGGGAAUAGGACGACACGUCCUAGGCAGCCAGCUCUUUGACUACUGGUUUGAUAGCUCUGGAAACAUUCUUGAACAUUAUUGCGACGGCGACCUGGUCAACGAAAAUACUCCAGCUACACGAUCUCCGGAAGCACCAGACUCACUCCACAUUUGGGGCCCGAACGUUCCUCUUGGAUUUGUGACAGGUAGAAUUGAGGAUGCCGGGAAGCCGAUCUUGCCACCUGUAGCUUGA